AUGCUCCUCCGCCUUGCCUCCCCCACCUAUCUUCAUCACUCCCAGUCAAUUCUCACGCUAUCUGGACUGGGCCCCGCGGAGGCUGGAAUCACAAUGGAGACAAUAUCUCGGAUAUCCUCUAUGCUGGAAACAGCUCGAGAGCUCACCCUGGAGGCCGCCCAGUCCGCUGCGAGCACCCGAAGCUCCAAUACCGACUAUUCUUCGCAGUCUUACAGUGUCGCUAGCAUCAAGAAGCUGCUGGACAGUCGUCAUGAACGGGAGGUUCUGGAUGGAAUGCGGCGGGUCAUCUCGUUGAUGUACCGCUCUGAGCCCUCCAUGACCUUCUUCUCGGCCGUCGUCAAGAACGCGGCCAGCGCCAACCUCGAAGUCAAGAAACUGGUCUACAUCUACCUAGUUCACCAUGCCGAGGCCGAACCAGAUCUGGCCUUGCUAUCUAUCAAUGCGAUCCAAAAGUCUCUCACGGAUUCGAACCCUCAAGUUCGGACAAUGGCGUUGCGGACCAUGUCUGGUAUUCGCGUGCCGGUUAUCAGCCAAAUCGUGUCACUAGCCAUUAAGCGUGGAUGCGGUGAUAUGAGCCCUCAUGUGCGGAAAGCCGCGGCUUUGGCUAUUCCUAAGUGCUAUCGUCUAGACCCGAACACUUUGCCGCAGUUGACCGGGUAUAUCUCAACCCUUCUCGGUGACUCGCAAUACUUCGUUGUUGGUCCGGCUGUUGCUGCUUUCUUGGAAGUUUGCCCUGAGGAGAUUGACCUUGUUCACAAGCACUACCGCAGCUUGGUCAAGAAGCUAGUGGAUAUGGAUGAAUGGAGUCAGCUUUCGACAUUACGACUUCUCACGUUCUAUGCUCGCCGAUGCUUCCCUCGCCGGACCCAAAAGGUCAAGCAGGCGGUGUCAAAGCCAUUCUACGAUGAUGAGAAGCAGGAACAGGAUUCUCAGGAUGAUGGUGAAGAACACGAAGUUUCCGUGCUGGAUCCAGAUCUUGAACUCUUGCUCCGAGCAUGUAAAUUGUUAUUGCAGAACCGCAAUUCGGCCGUCAUUGUCAGCGUUGUUCGCUGUUUCCUUUAUUUGGCACCCUCAGAGUACCUCGCUUCUGCUGUAGGCCCUCUAGUGGCUUUGCUCCGAAGCCCUCAAGAUAUGCAGCUCAUCGCUCUCUACAAUAUUGUUGUGGUAGCCUUGAGAGACCCAAAACCAUUCACGAAAUAUGUUGCUCGCUUCCUGAUUCACGCCAACGACCCAUCGCAUAUCUGGCGUUUGAAGCUGGAGGUAUUGACGAUUGUCUUCCCCCAUUGUGGAAAACAUUGGAAGGGUGUGAUCAUUAGCGAGCUGGAGCAUUUUUCCAAGGGCGCCGAUCCUGAACAGGUCCGAGAGAGUGUGCGGGCCAUUGGGCGCUGCGCACAGGGAGACAGCAGUACUGCCGAUAUGUGCUUGCGGAUUCUGCUUGAUCAAAUUUCCAGUCUGGACGGCAAUCUUGUAUCUGAAUCCUUGACCGUUAUCCGCCAUUUAAUCCAGCAGGAUCCGUCUUCGCAUAAGCAAACUGUGAUUCAACUCGUUACACACCUUGGCACGACAACGAAUCCCGACGCAAGAGCUACCAUCAUCUGGUUAGUGGGGGAAUUUGCGGGCGUGGACCCAGGAAAUAAUAUUGCACCUGAUGUGCUCCGCAUACUCAUCCAGAGCUUUGCCGAUGAAACUGAGGUUGUUAAGCAACAAGUUGUCCUACUUGGUGCUAAGGUCUACCUUCAUCAUCUACUACAAAAGUCACCGGAACAGUCGAAGGAAGAAGCUUCAACAUCACCCGGACGUGCGGCCGCCCUUGCACAGGAAAUCCGCAACGAAUGGACCGAAGACCGGGCCGACGAGCAAAAAGAAGCCAGCCAAGCUCCAGAAGACGAAAACAACGACAACGGGGAAUUCCAGGCAAAAGAAGAGGAAGAUGAAGAUCGAAUCACCCUCCUUUGGCGUUACAUACUUCUUCUCGCACGUUAUGAUAGCUCAUACGAUCUCCGCGAUCGCGCCCGGCUCUACAAAGCCCUACUUGCUAGUCCCGCAUCCACUCAACUCGCCAACUUGCUACUCCUAGCACCCAAACCAGUCCCUCACGCCCCGAGUCCCUCUGAAACACGCAAAGAUCUUCUCAUCGGAACAUCAACCCUCGUCAUUGGCCCCGAAGCCGGCUACCACGGCCUCCGCGGCUAUGUCAAUAUACCUGACUGGGUCGAGCUGGGCCACGAGCCCAGCCCAAGUCUGCGCACUGAAGACGUCAAGCCUGAAUCGACUUCCCUCCAGACUUCAAUGACUGCCGGCGAGCGCUUAGACCGAGCGCUUCGCGAGCACCAGACUACCGCCCCACCGCGUCGGCAUAACGGUGCACCGGAUGCAGGGCCAGCUAAUAAGAAAUCCCUUAAUCAGUGGCUUGAUGAGGAAGAGGAGACGGAGUCUGAAACGGAGUCGGAGGGUGAGACUGAUUCCGACGAGUAUGAGACUGACUCUGAAGAGGAAGAGUCUGGUGAGGAGGACGACGAGGAUGAGGAUGAGGAUGACGACGAGGAAGCUGGGACUGAUUCUGAGAGCGAUGUUGGACCCAAGGAGGCUCAGCAGUUGCUUGGCUAG